CAAAUUAGCGGCCGCGGCAGUUGUGCGAAGUGAAGCGGCCGACCCUUCCCUCAUGGAGUUCGCUGGGCGCUGACAAACAUGGAGGGUCGAGGUGCGCCUCUCGGGCCUUACCGGGCCACCAAGCUGUGGAAUGAAGUCACCACAUCUUUUCAAGCAGGAAUGCCUCUAAGAAAACAUAGGCAACACUUUAAAAAAUAUGACAAUUGUUUCACAGCAACAGAAGCAGUGGAUUGGCUUUACAACCUACUGAGAAGUGAUAGCAAUUUUGGUCCUGAAGUUACAAGACAACAGACUGUUCAACUGUUGAGAAAAUUUCUUAAGAACCAUGUAAUUGAAGAUAUCAAAGGCAGAUGGGGAUCAGAGAAUCUUGAUGACAAUAAUCAGCUAUUCAGAUUUCCUACAACUUCUCCACUUAAAAUACUUCCAAAAAGAUAUUCAGAACUGAGAAAAAACAGCAUAGAUAACUUUUCCAAAGAUAAAGAUGGUAUUUUUAAAUUACGAAACUUAUCUCAUAGAACUCCUAAGAAACAUGGAUUGCAUUUCUUCCAGGAAAAUACAGAGAAAGUAAAUCAUGAAUCUUUCUAUGAAGAUGAAGAAAAUUCAGCUGACAAUAGAGAAAUAAGCCAGGAAGAUGUUGAAGAAGUUUGGAGAUACACUAUUAUGACCUACUUGCAAACCAUUUUAGGUGUGACAUCCCUAGAAGAACUCAUAAAUCCAAACCAAGUUAUUCCUCAAUAUAUAAUGUACAACAUGGCCAAUACAAGUAAGCAUGGAGUAGUUAUACUACAAAAUAAAUCAGAUGACCUUCCACACUGGGUAUUAUCUGCCAUGAAGUGCCUAGCAAAUUGGCCAAGAAAUAAUGAUAUGAAUAAUCCAACUUAUGUUGGAUUUGAGCGUGAUGUAUUCAGAACAAUUGCAGAUCAUUUUCUAGAUCUCCCUGAACCUCUGCUUACAUUUGAAUACUAUGAAUUAUUUAUAAACAUAUUGAUUGUUUGUGGCUACAUCACAGUUUCAGAUAGACCCAGUGGAAUACAUAAAAUCCAAGAUGCUCCACAAUCUUCAGAAAACCUUCAUUUAAACAAUUUGAAUUCCUUCAAAUCAACUGAGUGUCUUCUUCUUAGUCUGCUUCACAAAGACAAAAGCAAUGAAGAAUCUGAUUCUGCUAAGAGACUAUCAAGGAGUGAUCAAGGAUUUCAAGAAAGAUUUGUCAAGAAAAUGCAGCUAGUUAACUUAAGAAACAGAAGAGCCAGUGCAAAUGACAUAAUGGGAGGAAGCUGUCAAAAUUUAAUAGGCUUAAGUAAUACACAUGCACUGUACUCUAGCAUCAAACCAAGGUGCUCUUCUUUGGAAGGAAUUGUAGAUAUGCCAGGGAAUUUAAGUGAAAAGUUGUCCAAUAUUUUCCAUCACUCUGUUCUUAGCAUAGAAGGACCAAAUAAGGAAUUUUUAGUAUCAAAGCCAAAACAAGAGGAAAAUAUUCAAAAGUCAUUCUGUAUUGGUUUUAAAAGAACCUCAACUUUGACUGUUGAAGACCAAGAGGAGUUAUGUAAUGGGAAAUGUAAAUUAAAACAGCUUUGUAGAUCUCAGAGUUUGCUUUUAAGAAAUAGUACAAGGCAGAAUAGUUAUAUCAACACACCAGUGGCUGAAAUUAUCAUGAAACCAAAUCUUGGACAAGGCAGUACAAGUAUGCAAACAGCUAUAAGAAAUGAAAUUGGAGAGCCUAGUACCACAAUCAAUAAAAGACUAUGCAAAAGUGCAGUAGAACUUUCAGAGAGCUCUUUACCUCAAGCUUCUAUGUUGACUGGCACACAAAGUUUGCUGCAACCUCACUUAGAAAAAGUUGCCGUCAGUGCUCUACAGUUAUGUUGUUUGUUACUUCCCCCACCAAACCGUAGAAAGCUUCAACUCUUAAUGCGCAUGAUUUCUCGGAUGAGUCAAAAUGUUGAUAUGCCCAGACUUCAUGAUUCAAUGGGUACAAGGUCAUUGAUGAUACAUACCUUUUCUCGAUGUAUACUAUGUUGUGCUGAAGAAGUAGAUCUUGAUGAGCUUCUUGCUGCAAGAUUAGUUUCCUUCUUAAUGGAUCACCAUCAAGAAAUUCUUCAAGUUCCCUCUUACUUACAGACUGCAGUGGAGAGACAUCUUGACUACUUAAGAAAGGGUCCUAUUAAAAAUCCUGGAGAUGGGCUAGUUGCUCCUUUGCCAACUUACUCUUAUUGUAAGCAGAUCAGUGCUCAGGAGUUUGAGGAACAAAAGGUUUCUACAUCUCAGGCUGCAAUUGCAGAACUUUUGGAGAAUAUUAUUAAAAAUAAGAGCUUAUCUUUGAAGGAAAAACAAAAGAAACUCAAACAGUUUCAGAAAGAAUAUCCCCUGAUCUAUCAGAAAAGAUUUCCAACCACAGAGAGUGAAGCAGGACUUUUUGGUGACAAACCUACAAUCAAGCAGCCUAUGUUGAGCUUAAGAAAGUCAAAGUUUUGCAGUCUAAGAUACUGACUUAGAGAUGAUCCAAUACUGACAAAACUAAUCAAUGAAAUCAGACCUGAAAAAUUAGCUACUAAAAAGGAAGUCUGUUAUUAAUAGGGUUUCCCUUGCAAUGACAUUAUGUGAGGAGGUACCAAUAUAGUCUGUCCAUGACUGCCAAGAAGCUUCCUGAUCUCAGCUGAGAUUACCUAACCAUAGGUGAUACACCAGAUUUUCUAGCAGUUAUCUAUAAAAGUCAUCAUAAUUGUGUUGAUCCAGAUUAA